UAUACGUGAACAAAAUAUAGCCCAGUGGGCUCAACCCAGCGCCGCCUCCUCGACCCCAACUCUGCUCCGCCUCUUCCUCGCGUCGUAGCGCACCGCCGGCGCCGGCCUCCGCCGCCACGCCGCGCAGCACCGACACCGCGCCGUCCCCCUCCGGCACCGCGCCGCUCCACCAUCCCCCUCCGCUGUGCCGCGCCGCCGUCGCCCUCCGCCGCCGGGCACAGCGACGCCGGCCGCCGCCUCGUUCGUCGGGCUGCCGACUGCCAACCCCAGCCUCCGAAGACGUCCCGGCGCUGAUCCUCCGUCAACGUCGUGACUUUCAACCCCGCAGUCGAUCGCCGGAGGUCUCACCACUUGGCAGCGCCCCGAUCUGUUCCGCGUCCGCUGACGGGGUAAACGCGGGUGAAGGUGGUCUACGGCUAGGCUGCAGAACUAAGGUCAAAAUGGAUUUAAAAACCAUCAAGAUUCUUUUGCGCUACCCUAGAGGUUCUGAUGAGUACUUAGCUGGAGUACAUGGAUUUCUUGAAUUUGCAUAUAAAGAUAAGUCGGAGGAUACAAAGAUUUAUUGUCCAUGUGAAACAUGCGUACAUACUAUGCUACUUUCAAAAAAUGAUGUCUAUGAUCGUUUGGUGUGCAAUGGAAUGCUCCAGAGUUAUGACCAAUGGGAUUUUCAUGGUGAGUCUUCAGAGGAGCAAACUAGGAAUCAGCAACCACAGCCCCACAAUGAAAAUAUGCGUGCUAACAUGCACGAAUUAAUUAAUGAUGCAUUUAGGACUGUGUAUGACGACGUGCCUAUGAGUGAUCAUGCAGAUUCACCAUGUACACAUACUGAUGGGCCAAAUUUAGAAGCUCAAGCAUUUUAUAAGCUGGUGAAAGAUUCAGAGAAGCCUUUAUGGGAUGGAUGUGAACUAUCACACUUAUCUCUGCUAGUGCUUUUGUUCAAUAUGAAAUCCAUGAACAAAUGGAGUGAUAAAUCAUUUGGCGAUCUACUUGAUAUCCUUCACAUGGCAAUUCCAAAUGAAAAAGAAUUGCCAAAAAACUUUUAUGAGGCUAAGAAGGUGGUUUCAAAAUUUGGUCUAGAUUAUCAACAAAUUCAUGCAUGUCCCAAUAACUGUCAGCUGUUUUGGAAAGAUAAGGUUAAUGAUGAUUUUUGUUCAAUUUGUAAGGCUUCUAGAUGGAAAGGUAAAAAGCCAGAAACCAAGUUAACGAAAGAAAGAAAGAAAGCAACGCCAAGCAAAGUUUUACGAUAUUUUCCAAUAAAGGAUAGGCUAAAAAGAUUGUUCAUGUGCAGAGAAACAGCAUCGCUCCCACGUUGGCAUGAUGAAGAGCGCUUAGAGGAUGGUGCGCUUCAACAUCCAACUGAUUCUCCGGCAUGGAAGAACUUUGAUGAAAGGUUCAAGCAAUUUGUAUCUGAUUCUCGUAAUAUACGGUUUGGGUUAGCUACAGAUGGGUUUAACCCAUAUGAGAUUAGUGCAGAGCCUAUAACUUACUAUAGGCGUCCAGUAUUGGAUGAAAUAAAUGCUAUUGGUGAUUUUAAGAAGUCAAAAACUUAUAAGGCAGUAAGUAGUCUAUUCACAUUAUCUUACUGGGAUGGCAAUCUUCUUCGGCAUAAUCUUGAUGUGAUGCACAUAGAAAAAAAUGUGUGCGACAAUAUUUAUGGUACACUUCUAAAAUUUAGAAGGAAAGUCAAAGGAUAAUCUCCAAGCUCGUCUUGAUCUCAAAGAAAUGAACAUUAGAGAGGAGCUGCAUCCACAACAAAGAACUUCAAGCAAGUUUUACUUGCCACCUGCUAGCUUUACUAUGUCGAAAAGCGAGAAGCAAUUGUUCUGUAAAGUUCUUCGGGAUAUAAAAGUUCCUGAUGGCUAUUCUGCAAAUAUAUCCAGAUGUGUAAACUAUGCCGAAGGAAAAAUUCAUGGGCUCAAGACACAUGAUUGCCAUGUUCUAAUGCAACAAUUGAUGCCAAUUGCUUUGAGGGGUAUUCUUCCCGAUGAUGUCACAUCCGUCUUGUUUGACUUAUCUGCUUACUUUCAAGGAAUAUGUUCAAAAGUUCUUCAUGUUGAUGAGCUUGACCGUUUGGAAGAAGCAAUUCAAAUCACAUUAUGCAGAAUGGAAAUGAUAAUUCCUCCUAGAUUCUUCACGGUUAUGGUUCACUUGGUUGUCCAUUUAGCUACUGAAUGUAAGAUUGCUGGGCCAGUUUGCUAUCGAUGGAUGUACUUUAUUGAAAGGUACUUGGGUAAAUUGAAGUCGUAUGUUCGCAAUAAAGCGCGUCCAAAAGGUUCAAUUGCAGAAUCAUAUUUGGCAGAUGAGUGUAUGGCAUUUUGUUCACGAUAUUUGGAAGGUUUCCCUACCAAGCAUAACCUACCAUCAAGGAAUAAUGACAAGCCAGAUCAGUUUGAGACUCCCAUGAGUAGGCAAGAAUCUACUUUGUUUCCUCCAGUAGGAAAACCAUUGGGAAAACCAUCAGUGUACUCCUUAACUGGUAGAGAGAAAUUGCAAGCCCAUAGGUAUGUGCUAUACAACUGUGAUGCUAUAGUACCAUAUCUAAAGUACGUAUUGUCCUGACAUAGCCUUUUAUAUGUGGCGUAAAGUGUUUUGCUUAGCCUUUUAUGUUUAUUUGUUUUGCAGAGAACAUGCUGCUGAUUUGAAAAGGAAUAAGCGCAAAAGGUUAACUCCAAAAAAAACAUUGAGGACAUGUGACGGAGCUCGUUGCCCCUCACCGGGAGACUGCGCAAGCCCCCCUUUGCCGGUUCGACCAGGGGCUUAGGGUGCAAUCCCAAGCUCUCUCUCUCUCUCUCUGUAUGUGGAAAGAUCACCCGCCCGCAAGACACACGAGACACGGCGAUGUAUACAGGUUCGGGCCGCUGCGAAGCGUAAUACCCUACUCCUGUGUUUUUGUGGAUUUGUGUAUGGACCAGUUACAAAGGAUUAACUUCCUUUCCCCUCAGCCUUCCAAAAGGGAAAAGUCCCCUCUCUAAAUGGGCAAGGUCCUCCUUUUAUAUCUCAAGGGGAUACCACAUGCACCUUUCUCUUUCCAAACUGGACUGUUCUUUUUCUCUUUAAUGGGCGGAGA